UCAGUUCGAAAAAUUUGGCGCGAAAGUGACGUCAUAUUGAUUUGUAGGACGAGGAGACAUCCUAAGUCGACCUCUCCUCUUUCUUUUGGCCGAAUGCAAUUUUACUGGAGUGUUCGUGAAUGCCUCUAGGCUUGGCCCAUGAAUGAACAUACGGGGCAGCUGGUGCAGGUGGUGAGGACUGGCUAGAGGAGCACCAAAUGUUUGUUUACAUGCAAGAUGGCGUAGAGGAGUAGCAGCCAUCAACAAUGCAGAUCACUCAGCCUCACCCCCUGUUGCCAUUGGGUCCAUGAGGGAAGCCAUUACUCAUGGCCCCACCACCACCACCUCACCCAACAUGGAUAGUACCCUCAGCCUGGUGAAGCAGCUGGUGACUCACUUUGUGGAGGAUUCCUUCAGUCAGUUCCGCCUGAGAGACAGGGACAAAGAGGAGGCCUUCAAAGGGAAGCUGAAGGUGCUUGUCUACUCCAUACUGCUCUCCCACAGGAAAGACCAUGCCUGGGAGAGGUCAUGUCUGCACCUGAAUGAGCUGGAGGAGGUGAUCUGGCACACCCAUGUCCUGCGUCAACAGCGACGCUAUGAUGAUGGCAAUGCACUGGAUGGCUGCCUGCAUGCUCUCAGGGAAGGAGGCCACUUGGAGGCUGGGAGCGAUGUGAGGACGGUGAUGAAGUUUCUGGUGGCUCUGAAGGGUCAGGGUGGGCCAGAGGGGGAGAUGCAGCAGCCCAUCCUGGCAGAGCUCAGGCCCAGGAUUGUCCAGGAGAAGAAGAAUGCUCCAUGCUUCCUCCCCUCGGGACCUCUACAGUAUGGUGAUACAUUCCUGCAGAAAGCUGAGUGUGGUCGUCCUUACUCUUCCUUUCCUUCCUCUCUGUACACCCACCUUCCUAUGUCUCUCCCACAAGGAAGCGAAGGCACAGCAGGCAAAUCCAACCCUUAUGAUGUGGAGGAAAUGAUCAGGCUGAGUGGAGCACCCCCUGGCACUGGGGUUAGCCCUCUGCUCACAGGGGAAAAGGUCUCCCUAGCAAAGGGAAAGGUGUUGGGAGCACUGUUACAGGAGUCUAAGAAAGAAGUGACUCCCCACAUGACUCUCUCCCUUCCUAAGUUGCCAAACAAUGCUGAAGGCUACACUCCCUUCAGCCUGUCCUCAAUCACCACAACCACUGCCCCCAAGACCAUCUCUCCUUCAUGCAACAGUGGUGCAGGGGGUGAUGAGGGUUAUGCUUCCUCCAACUCUGCUGCUAGCCAUUCCCCAGGGGAUGAGAAGGAUCCCUGGGAGGCCGUGUUGGCUGCCCUUCCCCUUACCAACCGCCGUACCUGGGCCAACCUUGGGCACAUCCCUGAAACCAAAGAGAAACCCUUUAUUUCUGAGGCAGGAGCAGAGACAUCACACAAUAUAUGGUUGCUGUACCAGGAAUUGUGGUCCAUCGUAGGUGGACACUCCAUUCCUCAGCUGUGUGUGAGGCCCAUGAAGGAGCUGUGCCAGGACAUCCUCUACCUACUGAUUGGAGUUCCCUCAUACAGCUUUCCUUGGUCUGAUACUGAGGAGUGUUUCAGCAUUAGGGAAGGCCUGUGUCACUCCUGCAUCACCCCAGAGGCACUGCGAAGCUCCUUGCUGCCCCUUGUAGAAUGUGGCACACUGGUUCACAGGCUUGAAAUAUUGUUUCCCACACCAAAGUCUGACACCCAGCAACUAUUGAUUCAUGGCUCAGUGUUCACGGCCUUCACCUUUGCUAUAUCCAGUGUGCUGCAAGUGCACAGGGAGAUGGUGCUUUCUCUUGGGGACGAGACUCUCCUCUCAGCAUUGCAGGACAAAGCUCAACCUCUAGUCAAGAAGAUCAAGUUUAUUGCAUCUGUCUGCAAAGUCUCAUUGUCUAAUAAAAAGGCCAAGCUGCCUGUUGCACCAGGAAUCACCAACAGAAAGCAGCAGGGCAAUGUGGAGGAAAGCCAUGCAGCUCUUCCAAGAGGACUGUGCCUGCUGGGGGAACUGCUGAACCGUAUGACCACCACCAAUGACCGGGACUGUCUGCUUCUCCUCAUUUCUAUUUUUAGGAGUUCCUGUAUUCCCUUCUUCCGUUACCUAGAGGAGUGGAUCUACCAUGGUGUGUGUUCAGACCCUGGGUUGGAGUUCAUGAUCGAAGUGAAUGGAGCUGCUCUUCUAAGGAGGGAUCGUACCUAUUGGACCUCAGGCUACACACUCCGCCCUCAGGCCUCCGUGCCCACCAUGUUACGGGAUGUGCUGGAGGAGGCCUUUGUCUGUGGCAAGACCAUCAACUUGCUUCGUCUGUGCUCUAGAAAGCAUUACCUAGUGGCAGGAAACAAUGACCAGCCACACAUGCAGCUGUGUGUGUCAGGUGAGGAGCUGACACACAUGCAGGAAAAGUGUCAGCUUUACUCUGCCAACAUGGACCUCUUAGCAGCUCAACUCCAGGUCACAGUGCAGCAGAAAGCAGAUGAGGAAAAGGCUCAGAAACACAGGCUUCAAUUGAUCUCCUCCAACAAGCAUGCAGCUGCCCUCAGAGAGAUAGAGAGCAAGAUGCAAGAGCGCAAUCAGUUAAUGAAAGAAGAGAAGGCAUUGAGGCUUAAGGAACUGAAGGAUGAGAUGCUGAAAGCUGAAAAGAGAAAGCAAGAAGAGAAGGAGAAGGAGGCUGAAAACGACUGGAAUAUUGCUCAGGAACAGCAAGAGAUAGAGAAGAGACAGAUAGAGCAAGAAGAAGCCCUAAGAGCCCAGGUAGAGCAGUUUUACCAGCAAAAGAUGAAGGAAGCAGAACGUGCUGAAGCUAUUGCUAGAUGGAGAAUGCAGAGGUGCUCCCUGAGUGCUGUCCGAAAGCAUCACAUUCAGCACACUUCCUGGCCCCCUGUUCCAGAGGAUGCAUCAUCCAAGAAUAUGGAAGAAGAGAUACUUGAUCUUGCAUCACCACAAACACCUGAUUCCUUGCCAGAACAACCUGAAACACCAGAUCGGGAGCAGGUCCUUUGUGGUGGUGCUCUAAGGCGGCCACGCAACAUGAAUACAAGACCAGAUUCACAGAUGCAGCACAGGCCCAAGGGAUGUACCUUUGCACCAUACCACCUUCAGACUGAGAAGAGUGAGGACCUCCUGAAGGAGAGCCCCAACCAGGAAGUUUCUUCAGUAUCUGACAUGACAGCCUCUUUAAUGAGCACAUCUUCGGAUUUUGUGGAUACACCUUUUGAUGAGAAUCUCCCAGAUUUUGAGGCUGACCCCAAGAUACAAACAAUUCCUGAGAGCAGUGUUGUUGAAAAUGAAAACUAUGCUUACAUGAAGAGCUCCAUUGAGGCAAUUUUGUAUGAUAAUGGCAAUGGCAAUGCCAACCUCCCUAGUGGUACCACCACUGAAACUGUGAAUGCUCCCCCUAUUAUGCUCACAGAAUCUCCAGAUGCCAAUGCAAACAUUCCAGAGACAAUCACUAUUCUUGAAACAAGCCAGAAUGAAACCCAGCAACAGAACAUCUCAGACCAUAGCAACACAGCAACCCAGAACUUGAAUGAACUUGUACUUCAAUUUAGAGAGAGGCGUGCUCAGGCUGCAGCUAUCAAGGAAAAGGUGCUUAAUGAGUACCACCAGACCACCACUGCCAGCAAGAACAACAUGAACAUCCUCAGGUCUAGAGCCAUACCCUCCUCAGCUGCUGCCAGGAACAAACAGCGAGUCAUGGAGACAGAGUUUGGCAUGGCAGACACAGAGCUACAGGAGGGAGGAGGCUAUGGUAUGUACAGCCGACAAGUGUCCAACACCAGCACCUGUAGCUUCCGCUCCUGCUCCUCAGAAAGGCCAACAUCUUCCUCCACUGCCUUCACCACUCCAGAUGAAGAGAGGCCCAUCCUUAUUGACCAGGUUGGUGGGGAAGUGUUAAAGGAGCGCGGCCGCAGCAUUCAUGGCCACGCCUCUGAUGCGGUCAUUCAUAAGCUGCUGUGGAAGAAUGAUCCUACCCCUCCCCCAAGUCCCUGCACCCCCCCAACUGAGGUCACCCCUAUCAAGGACAUGGUGGAGGCCGCCCUCAAGAGUCUUCCAACACAGCACAAAACAUCCUGCUAUGACCUGGAGUACAUGAAGCUGAUGGACCAGGAACCUCUGCUGGACAUCACUGGUAGUGCUCUGAGGGGCAAACCAAACACUCGGCCCUCCACUACCAUCACAUCACCAUCCACCUCCUCUACCAUCUCCACCACCACCACAGCUGCACCCUCAACCCUGGAGCUCUCCUGUGUUCCAGUCUACUUCAUCCGCUCCAUCAGAAUGCACCUUACAACACAGAGUCGGUUGGUGAAUGAAAGCUUGCUGGCAGAGAUGCUGGUUGAAGGACGUCUUCUUGACCACUUCAAAGCACUGCGUUCCCUCCUGUUGCUGCACGAUGCCCACUUUGCCCGUGCCCUCACCACCAACCUCUUUGGGAAGCUGGAGCCCAACAGCUGCCCUGCCACACUGCUCGUCCCCAGUAGGCUCAACAACAUCCUGUACAAGUCUGUGGCAGAGUCUUGUUGGAGCAGCAGUAGCCAGGCAGACAAUCUUUCCUUUGCCAUUACCAACAUCCCACCUGCCUUCUCUCAUAACUCAAGUGUGGUGGAUUGCCUUGAGCUGAGGUACCGUGUGACAUGGCCUCACAACCUUGUGCUGGACGACUCCACCCUUGCUUCUUACUCCCGUGUAUGGAGUUUCCUUGCUUCACUCCACCAUGUCAUCUGGGCCUCAGAUAACCUAUUCAUCCACAUAUCCUUCCUUAAUCGGCAGGACAAGGAGGGCCGCCUCUCUAGAUCUCCACAGUUCCAUCAGAUGUGUCUCCACCGCCACAAAAUGCACCACUUCCUACUGGCACUCCAAGCAUAUGUCAUCAGCCAAAUUCACCAGAUCAGCUGGAGCAGACUUGAAGAGAAGCUGCAUGCAAAGGUGACCUCCCUUGACCACCUGUAUUCCCUGCAUGCCUCCUUUAUCAAGGCCAUCAUCUCCAGGUGCUUCCUGACCCAGAAUGGGCAGGUAGUUCACCAGCUGAUCAAGGAAGUGUUCUCCAGCACACUACAAUUCUGCUCCCAGUUCUUGGCUCAUCCAUGGGUGCCAGAGGAUGCUGAUGGGACAGUCAUGGUGCAUCCAGCUUUCAGUGCCCUCAAAGACACCUUCCAGGAAUUUGAGUCUCGUGCUGCCUUCUUGCACAAGUUGCUGGUGAGAGUUGGGCAGCGCGUCAUGACAAACUCCCACCAGCAGCAGCUUCUUGCCCUGCUGGAUUUCAAUGAGUACUACACAAAGAAGAAAACAAGGAAACCAGAAGGAUAACCCAACUCUCUCUCUCUCUCUCUCUCUCUCUCUCUCUCUCUCUCUCUCUCUCUGUGAUAGAUGCAGAUACAUAGAUCACCAUUCCUCAAUACUGGAGUCUCUAGCCAUUCCUAUAAAAGUAUAGACCAUUCCAGUUGAAUUAUCCCAAUUCAAAAGUUACCUAUAUAAAGCAGUGCUAUAUAUAGUAUACUUAGUAAUAUAUAGUUGAAUCAUAGUAGGGAUUAUAUUCGUUAGAUAUAUUUAUUUGAUCUCAGCAGUGUUAAAAAUAAGUGUUUCACCUCAACUAUUUUUUACUGUUAUUCCAUUGUUGGCUUGAUUUAUUUUUUCCUUGGCACCUUCAAACAUCAUGCCAUAUUUUCAUUAUGCUUACAGAGUUAAGAGACAAGAGUAAAGCAAGUUAAAGACUGUG